AUGGCUGACGUGUUUAGAGUAUUACAAAAUAUUUUUCCAGCUUACUUAUUUCCCACAAUAGCCGCUCUCAUGAUAGCAGGAGAUGGGCCGUUCUCAACUCCUGGCACACGCUUUUUUCACAUCCUUGUCUGCCUCGGCUGCCCAUUUAUCCCACUCUUUCUCUUUCUUCACGUAAAAUCUGGCGUGGAUGAGGAUGGAGAAGAAAUUCCGAACAUUAGCGCAUACUGGCUGCCAGAGGAUAAAUUUCGUGCUCCGAAUUGUGAAGAAAACCAAUUUGUAAAUGUGUGGCCGUUUGGAUUUAGGGUUAAGAGUCUUGAUUUCAGCGAGGUUCCCGAUAUUAGAAAACGUCUUACGGAAUGCAUAGCCAACAUUUCUUUUCUAGACUACUCUAGUUGUUAUGUGGCGGCUUAUUUUAUCUUUGUCGGUAUUCUGACCAGCAUAUACAGAGCUGUUGGCCCAUGUCAGGAACAGGACUGGCCAGCAAUACCACUGUUAUUAUCGUGGACGCUACCCAUACUAUUCUUCAGGAUUCGUAAGGGAAAAGUAGUCGUUAAGAAUCCCAAAAAAGCCCUAAAAGAAGUUGAAGGCUAUAUUCGUGUAGUAGACGUUGACGAGCACAUAGGCCGAGAUGGUGGGUUUCGGUUGCCGGUCAAUUGGACUGGCUGUGAUUGCUGGGGUAUGGACUUUCAACUCAAUAAUAUCCUUUAG